CACCUGCUCGGGCAGGAUGGUACAGUCUGCAGAGGGACCCGGGCACGCUGGCCGGGCUCAGCCGCGGCACCAGCUGCCGCACCGCGAUUACGGGGCUGCCCGCCUGGAAACCGUGCCGGAUUUGUGGUGAUUUUCGUAGCCAAGAGCCACCACCCCUGACCAUGUAGAUGCCAGCUCCAGGGAGCAGCAUGGGCCCCACUGAAUGGAGACUCCUGGGUCUGCAGCCCUGAGCCCCUCUGGCCCCUGGACGUUGCCCCGUGCCCAGGGAUACACCUUGAAGCUCACCACCGCUGUCGCCAGCCCACCUCAACCACCCCCCCCUCCUGGAACCCAAAGUCGGCCACCAGGAGCCACAGUCAUCCAGUGAGGUUGUGCUAAGGACAGUCACACGGAGCCAUCGCCCAGCAGUCUCUUGUCCAGCGCUGACUCUCGGGCCCACCCCGAACAGGGACUGGAGCAAACAUGGGUGACAUGACCAACAGCGAUUUUUACUCCAAAAACCAAAGAAAUGAGUCGAGCCAUGGGGGUGAGUUUGGGUGCACAAUGGAAGAGCUCCGCUCUCUCAUGGAGCUACGGGGCACCGAGGCUGUGGUCAAGAUCAAAGAGACUUAUGGUGACACUGAAGCCAUCUGCCGGCGCCUCAAAACCUCACCUGUGGAAGGUUUGCCAGGCACUGCUCCAGAUCUGGAAAAAAGAAAGCAGAUUUUUGGGCAAAACUUUAUACCUCCAAAGAAGCCAAAAACCUUCCUGCAGCUGGUGUGGGAGGCACUGCAAGAUGUGACGCUGAUCAUCCUGGAAAUUGCGGCCAUCAUCUCCCUGGGGCUGUCCUUCUACCACCCACCUGGAGAGAGCAAUGAAGGAUGUGCAACGGCCCAGGGCGGGGCAGAGGAUGAAGGGGAGGCAGAGGCAGGCUGGAUCGAGGGGGCAGCCAUCCUCCUCUCAGUCAUCUGUGUGGUCCUGGUCACGGCCUUCAAUGACUGGAGCAAAGAGAAGCAGUUCCGAGGCCUGCAGAGCCGCAUUGAACAGGAGCAGAAGUUCACCGUGGUCCGGGCUGGCCAGGUGGUCCAGAUCCCUGUGGCUGAGAUUGUUGUUGGGGACAUCGCCCAGGUCAAAUAUGGUGACCUCCUCCCUGCCGACGGCCUGUUCAUUCAGGGCAAUGACCUCAAGAUUGAUGAAAGCUCCCUGACAGGGGAGUCUGACCAGGUGCGCAAGUCCGUGGACAAGGACCCCAUGCUGCUGUCAGGGACCCACGUGAUGGAGGGCUCUGGACGGAUGGUAGUGACCGCUGUGGGUGUGAACUCUCAGACUGGCAUCAUCUUCACCCUGCUGGGGGCUGGUGGUGAGGAGGAAGAGAAGAAAGACAAGAAAGGUGUGAAGAAGGGGGAUGGCCUUCAGCUACCAGCGGCCGAUGGUGCAGCAGGUUCAAAUGCUGCAGAUAGUGCAAAUGCCAGCCUAGUCAAUGGUAAAAUGCAGGAUGGCAAUGUGGACGCCAGCCAGAGCAAAGCCAAACAGCAGGACGGGGCGGCCGCCAUGGAGAUGCAGCCCCUCAAGAGUGCAGAGGGUGGCGACGCCGAUGACAAAAAAAAGGCCAACAUGCACAAGAAGGAGAAAUCUGUGCUACAGGGCAAACUCACCAAGCUGGCUGUGCAGAUCGGCAAGGCGGGUCUGGUGAUGUCGGCCAUCACAGUCAUCAUCCUGGUGCUCUACUUCACUGUGGACACCUUCGUGGUCAACAAGAAGCCGUGGCUACCCGAGUGCACACCCGUCUAUGUGCAGUACUUCGUCAAGUUCUUCAUCAUCGGCGUGACGGUGCUGGUGGUCGCCGUGCCCGAGGGGCUCCCUCUGGCUGUCACCAUCUCACUGGCCUACUCGGUGAAGAAAAUGAUGAAAGACAACAACCUGGUACGCCACCUGGACGCCUGUGAGACCAUGGGCAAUGCCACCGCCAUCUGCUCAGACAAGACAGGCACACUGACCACCAAUCGCAUGACAGUCGUGCAGGCCUAUGUUGGCGAUGUCCACUACAAGGAGAUCCCUGACCCCAGCUCCAUCAAUGCUAAGACCAUGGAGCUGCUCGUCAACGCCAUUGCCAUCAACAGCGCCUACACCACCAAGAUUCUGCCCCCAGAGAAGGAGGGUGCCCUGCCUCGGCAGGUGGGCAACAAGACGGAGUGCGGCCUGCUGGGCUUCGUGCUGGACCUGAAGCAAGACUAUGAGCCCGUGCGCAGCCAGAUGCCGGAGGAGAAGCUGUACAAGGUGUACACCUUCAACUCCGUGCGCAAGUCCAUGAGCACGGUCAUCAAGCUGCCCGACGAGAGCUUCCGCAUGUACAGCAAGGGCGCCUCUGAGAUCGUGCUCAAGAAGUGUUGCAAAAUCCUCAACGGGGCAGGGGAUCCCCGGGUCUUCCGGCCCCGUGACCGGGACGAGAUGGUGAAGAAGGUGAUCGAGCCCAUGGCCUGCGAUGGGCUCCGCACCAUCUGUGUGGCCUACCGUGACUUCCCCAGCAGCCCUGAGCCCGACUGGGACAAUGAGAAUGACAUCCUCAAUGACCUAACCUGCAUCUGCGUGGUGGGCAUCGAGGACCCUGUGCGGCCCGAGGUCCCAGAAGCCAUCCGCAAGUGCCAGAGGGCAGGCAUCACAGUUCGCAUGGUCACUGGUGACAAUAUCAACACGGCCAGGGCCAUCGCCAUCAAGUGUGGCAUCAUCCAUCCUGGGGAAGACUUUCUAUGCCUGGAGGGCAAGGAGUUCAACCGGAGGAUCCGCAAUGAGAAGGGGGAGAUUGAACAGGAGCGAAUUGACAAGAUCUGGCCAAAGCUACGGGUGCUGGCUCGUUCCUCCCCCACGGACAAGCAUACCCUCGUCAAAGGCAUCAUCGAUAGCACACACACCGAGCAGCGGCAGGUGGUGGCCGUGACGGGGGAUGGCACCAACGAUGGGCCUGCGCUCAAGAAGGCUGACGUGGGCUUUGCCAUGGGCAUCGCAGGCACGGACGUGGCCAAGGAGGCCUCAGACAUCAUCCUAACGGAUGACAACUUCAGCAGCAUUGUCAAGGCAGUGAUGUGGGGCCGCAAUGUCUAUGACAGCAUCUCCAAAUUCCUGCAGUUCCAGCUGACGGUCAACGUGGUGGCUGUGAUCGUGGCCUUCACCGGCGCCUGCAUCACACAGGACUCCCCCCUGAAGGCCGUGCAGAUGCUCUGGGUAAACCUCAUCAUGGACACGUUCGCCUCGCUGGCGCUGGCCACGGAGCCGCCCACCGAGACCCUGCUUCUGAGGAAGCCAUAUGGCCGCAACAAGCCCCUCAUCUCACGGACCAUGAUGAAGAACAUCCUGGGCCAUGCCGUCUACCAGCUGACCCUCAUCUUCACCCUGCUGUUUGUUGGCGAGAAGAUGUUCCAGAUCGACAGUGGGAGGAACGCGCCCUUGCACUCGCCACCCUCGGAGCACUACACCAUCAUCUUCAACACCUUCGUCAUGAUGCAGCUCUUUAACGAGAUCAAUGCCCGCAAGAUCCAUGGCGAGCGCAAUGUCUUUGAUGGCAUAUUCCGGAACCCUAUUUUCUGUACCAUCGUGCUGGGCACCUUUGCCAUCCAGAUAGUGAUCGUGCAGUUUGGGGGGAAGCCAUUCAGCUGCUCUCCACUGCAGCUGGACCAGUGGAUGUGGUGCAUAUUCAUCGGGUUAGGAGAGCUCGUCUGGGGCCAGGUCAUCGCUACCAUCCCGACCAGCAGGCUCAAGUUCCUCAAGGAGGCAGGCAGGCUCACGCAGAAGGAGGAGAUCCCAGAGGAGGAGCUCAAUGAAGACGUGGAGGAGAUAGACCAUGCUGAGAGGGAGCUGCGGCGAGGCCAGAUCCUGUGGUUCCGAGGCCUGAAUCGAAUCCAGACUCAGAUUGAAGUAGUCAAUACUUUCAAGAGCGGGGCCUCCUUUCAGGGGGCCCUGCGGAGACAGUCCUCCGUCACCAGCCAGAGCCAGGACAUUCGCGUCGUGAAGGCGUUCCGUAGCUCUCUCUAUGAAGGUCUAGAAAAGCCUGAGUCUCGAACCUCCAUCCAUAAUUUCAUGGCUCACCCUGAAUUCCGGAUCGAAGAUUCCCAGCCCCACAUCCCCCUCAUUGACGACACCGACCUGGAAGAAGAUGCCGCGCUCAAGCAGAAUUCGAGCCCGCCGUCAUCGCUCAACAAGAACAACAGCGCCAUCGACAGCGGGAUCAACCUGACAACCGACACAAGCAAAUCAGCUACCUCUUCAAGUCCAGGGAGUCCCAUCCACAGCCUGGAGACGUCGCUUUAGCUGAGGACCCCCGCCGCCACCCACCCCCGGGCCCCACCCAUCCAGGCACCCAGCUCACCCAAGCAGCAACGAGCAACAACAGGAAACCAAAUACUGGCGAGAAAACCAACAUUCCCCCCCCCUCCAAGAGACCCUUUUUCUGGCUGCGAUGCUGUUUGAACUCUUUUUCACUUUGAGGCAAGGGGGGCGGGGUCUCCCCGGGGUGUCCCCGGGAGUGAGCGAUCUUCCCAGGACAAGCCCUCCCAGGCUCCCGCCCAAACAUGGACCAGCCAUGCACCCGCCAGGCCACCACGUCCCCUGCAUGAAUGUACUGUACACUUCCAGUCCUCCCCUUGUUUGGUGUGGGGGGGGUCGGGGAGGGUUUUUUGUUUGUUUUCUUAGGCGGGAACUGCAAACAGACUCUUUUCUGAGACUAUUUAUCCAAUCCACUGGUCUGUGAGUUUUUGAAAAUGCUUGCGCAGCAUGGUCUCAGUUGUAUAGGUUAAUUUAACAACUUUUUGAAACUGCAGAGCUUCACUCACCUAGUAAAUUUGCACCAACGGAACCGAAGAACUUCAUAGACACUCACAAGGUUAUAUCCAUUUCUUUGUAUCUAUAUCAACGUAUACUUUUCCAAGACUGUAUACGUCCAUAUAGAUAGGUAUAUAUAUAUAUAUAUACACACACACACGGAUAUAUAAAGUUUUUUUUUCUUUCUUUUUUUUUUUUGCCGGCAUGUUGCCUUGUUUCCGCUUAAAUUGCUCUAUUUUAACUUAUUUAUGUCCUAAAACAAGAAUGUAAUUUGUUUACAAACCUGUAGAUAACGUCUUUGGCUAUUUGUACGGUUUAAGAACACUGGUGGCUGAGAUGCUAUAAAAACAGCUCAGCCCAACAGACACUUCCCCGGAUUGCAUCCUUGAUGUUUUACAAUAGCCAUGCUCUGAUUUUUGCCUGCUGUUUCCGUUCAAUUAUGUCACUACCACGGGAGGCCCAGACAGAAGCCAAACACUACCGAGUAUCCAUCUGGAAGAGGGUUAACACCGUGCUCCGUAGACAAGGGAGAGGAGGAGAGAAGGCUUCUUAGGUUCGUAGCGCUACUGGCCGGCCCAGCCCGAGGAUCCGGGCAUCCGCCAAGCUUUGGUUGAAGACUUUUCUCUCGAUGAAACUCGCUUGAGUUUACCAAGAGCAUUUCAAAAAAAAGAGGUUCUCUUUGGCACUGUCUGUACAGAGGUUGAGGUAGUGUUGCAAUAUUAUAAAUGCUACUGUGUUGAUUUUCUUUUUCUUUUUUUUUUUAAGUAAUUUAGAGGUUUAUUUACUUAUAAAUUGCAGCGUAUGAGCUGUUGGCAUACUGGAUGAGGAUCAUUAUGGCUUGCUGCUUUUAUUUUUAUUUUUGAAGAAGAAUAGCCUUUUUCUCUGCACUAUUUAGAUCCGAACGAACCUUAUGAUGUGUAUAUUGAGAUGUAUUCAGUGUGAUUUUUAAACCAAAUUGUCUUCCUGUAGUCGCAAUAUAUACUGUAGCCUUUCGACAGCAAGUCUUGCUUUCCCAGACAGAAAGCCAUUCUGAAACCCUACAGUAUCACAGGUGAGAAAAGGUGGUUAAUUUCCCCCCAAGACAAUAACAGCACUAGUAAUCCCACUUAAUGAGAGCUUAUUUAAUUGUACGUCAGCCUCUUAACUGCUAAGCACUUUGUGGGUAUCAGCUUUUUUCAUAAAAGAACUUUUGUAUUUAAUACAAAGUUUGCUUUGAGACUUUUCAGCAUACAAUCUUUUUCCAUAAACUUGUACAGUGCAAAAGACAUUUUGAAUACCAUGAUCGAUGACGUCCCAUGCUUCAAGGAAAACCAAACACUUUCCACCUCGCUUGCGAAAUGCGCUCCUCAGACUGACCCUUCCCAUGGUUGCUCUGUGUCAGCUCGGCCCUUCCCCUCUCCAGGCCCAGAGAAUUCUCCCACAAACAAGAUGAGAGCCACUUGGGAAAAGAGCCAUAGUCCGCUGGGAGGGCCUACGUCUGGGUGGCUGUGAAGGAACCUGAGGGUUUGGGAUCCCAAGUCUGCCCAUCCCACUUGGCAAACCUUCCUGGAAGGAGGACCUUCUGCGCGUGAGAGCAUCCCUUGAAUGUCGCGAAGGAGUAUCUCUGAAUGUACCCAGCAAAGGAAACUGCAACCCCAACAGGGUGACCAGCCCUCAGAUAUGCUUAUUGGAUUCCAAUACAAACACCACCAAAAGCCAGCCCGCUGUUCUCCUGCCAGGAAAGGAAAGACCCACUCAUGGAAAACAUGGAGCAGCCUUGGAACAUGGUGGUUUUUUGUUUUUGUUUUUUUGUAGUUUCCUUUCUCAAGGUUUCCCAUAUCCCCACCUUCUCUGUUCCAAUCUUGUGUCCAUGACCUCAUUCCACAACACCAGGAGAGCUGCGUGUGCGCACCACGCUCCCUGUUCAUUAGGAGCCAGGACACAGGGAAAACAGGAGGCUUUCUCUGAGCAGAGCUUAGCUUGGGGAACAGGGAGCGGUGGUAGAGUGACCGGGAACACCCGACCUUAGUGUUGGUCUUUUCUUGUCAGGAAUGAUGGAUGCUCACACACACACACACACACACACACACAGACACACACACACACAUACACGCACGUGCGCGCGCACACACACACACAGACACACACACAGGAAAUGAUUGGUUUGUCAAACCUCACCGUAGUACAUAAAGCUUGCACUCUGCGUCCUAUAUCUAGCAGCAUGGGGUACGUUUGGCAGUUCACCCCAUUAGGGGGUAAAUAAUUUAUGACCAUUCAUCUGUUUUUAUGAAUUUUUUUAUCUAGACAAUAAUUGUAAAUAAAGAACUCACCGUCUCUGUUCAUUUAAUACUAUGCAAUGGUUAUGCUUUCAAUUGCUGACUCUUCUUAUUCCCGCAGUGUGGUUCUGAAAUGUCUGUGGUUUAAAAAAAAAAAAAAAAAAAGGCAAAAAAACAACAUCAACCAGAACACAGCAAAUAUAUACUCUGUAAUUUUUUUUUUUUCCGGUUUGGGACUGCACCAUCCACUUAGCUUCUUUUCUGUCCUCUGGACAAGGGCUUCAGAAGAUAGCAGAUUCAUUCUGAGGUCUAAGCUCAACCACUUGUCUCCCCUCAACAGAUGAGAGAAGAGCAGGGGGCACAUUCAGUGACCCCCGGGGAUGAAGAAUCACCCACCUGUGGAGGCGGGCAGGGAGGAACGUUUCCUCCCUGUGUCUCAGGCAGUGCUUUCCCUAACUCUGAAGCAGCCCCCAUUGCUCCCACCAGUCCCUUGCCCCCUUGUCCCAACCAGAGCACAGGGUUGACAAGAGGGAGGGUGCCCUGCUUUUGAGACCAGACCAAUGACAAUGACAGUAGUGGGCCAAGGACUCUGGACCCAUCUCAGCCUGGGUAGCCUACUUAUUGAAUAGCUGCUCUCUUCCCAACCAUGUUGAAAUGCCACUUGUACCACAUAUUGAUAGCUUAUAUAGAUUUGGGUCUACUUCUGGAAUUUCUCUUCUGUUCCCUUCUCUGGGUGUCUCAUCUGGCACCAGCCAUACAGUUCUAAUUACUGUCAUUUUAUAUAAUGUUUUAUCAUGUGGAGGGAUAAGUACCCUUCCCUCUUUUUUUUUUUAAACGAAAUUUCCUGGUUAUUGUCUCACAGCUAUUCUUUUAAGGAAACUUCACAAUGUUGCCAAGUCUUCCACCACAACCCCCCUGUCCUUCCCCCACCCCAAAUCCUGGGCCCUGUCAUUUUACUGGCAAAGGGCUUCCUGCCAUUGUAAGCACUGUUCAUUCAGGGUCACUAAAUAGCGUCCCAUAAGGAGAAACAAAAAGAGCAUUCUAAAUCCUGGGGGAAUGUUCCUCCCAUGAUCGCCCCUGUACCCUAAGCAAGGCUGUCAUCAGGAAAGGCCACCAAGCCCUACCCCCAGUCUCAGUUUAGAACUCAGUCACCCACCUUGGUUGUGCUGUGGUGGACCUUCCAUCUGCCCCAGAAGAGGAAGAGAGGGAUCUCUCUCUCUCCCAGACCUGGAGCUACCAGAAUGCAUGGCCCAGUUGUCUAUAGUUCUAAUUUUCUUCAGGAAGAAAUAUUUAUUUCUGUCUCCCUCUCCUGAACGAACUUUUUUAUUUUUGUUGGGGGAGGGGGAGUCACUUCUUGUUCUUUAUUCAGAGUUUAUUCAGCGGUUGUGUAAUAGGUCCUUUGGGAUGCAGGAAUUUCUUUCUCAGACCUUCAAACCACCCUGACUCCCCCUGCCCAUCCCUGCUCUACUUAAGGGAGGCUGUCAGCUGGGUGCGCUGCAACAUGCCUCCCACCCUAAACUCUCUCCAUAGUAUCUGAGAUCCCAUGAGAAGAUGGGAGGAGUGCAUUUCUUGAAGGCUUUGGGUCUUCCAGAGCCAAGCCCUAUCAAACAGCAGCAGAAAAUCCCCAGGUCUUUUACAGGUUACAAAGCAAGCUGUCCAGAUUGUGAUGCAGAGAUCCUACUCACCCUAGUAAAAGGAAGGGGAUCCCAGGCCCUGGACAUCACCUAUCACCCCCUCCACCAAAAACAAGACCUUUGAGGCUGCUCUGGGACCUCCUCAGCCCCCUAAGUCUGUUUUGUAAUGCCUGUGGUGCUCUCCCUCCGGACCUUUCCUCUUGGGGGUCGCCACACUCUGCUAACUCUUGUGUGCACAUAUUUUAUAACAGAGUAGCGAGGAAAUGGUGCCGCUCCAGCUUCCACAAGCUGCCCGGGCUCUGGGGGGCUCCGGGACAAUCGGGGCUGGGAAGUGACUGUGCUCUUAUUGUACACUCUUUAUUUCUCUGUAUCUCUGGCUUGUGCUCUUUGUAAUUAAUGGGAUUUGUCUGCCUUUUCAACACUAUCCUGAGCAAUAACAAUAAAUGCACACGUGGAAACGCA